AUGCUCCUUUGUUUCUCACGUUCGUUCGUCGUCUGCUCUAGCUGACCACUAGCAGUUGUUUCGUAUUUUUCUAAACUUGUCGUAUAUACGUCAUUUGUUUUAAUUAGAAAAUGCCCACACCUCGGGUGAUUCUAUCCGAAGCAAUGGCGCUAGAAGUAGGAGGCAAAGAGCCAUGGCCCAACGAUGUCAAACUUUUCCAGCCGUACGAAGUGGAGCAAAUCCUCCUGCCAGACAAUGCCAGUUGUCUAGCCACUCAAGCAUUUUUGAAGAUGGCCAAGCUGAAGUACACAGUCGAACCCCGCAGCAAUGCAGAAUACAUGUCUCCAUCAGGGAAGGUACCAUUUAUUCAAUGUGGAGCAUUUGUGGUCUCUGAGCUGGAACCUAUUGUAUCAUUUGUUGCAAGCAAGGGAGUCAGCCUUACAAAUGAUUUAGAUAGUGGUGAGAAGGCCGACAUGCGUGCUUACAUGUCCCUGAUAAGCAAUGUCCUUGUAAAUGCUGAGCUCUUCCUCACAUGGUGUGACCCACAAACAUACAAACAGGUUUCCAAACCAAGGUAUGGAUCAGUAUUCCCAUGGCCUCUAAACCAUUUGAUGUGUUGGCAGAAACAAAGUGCUGUUGUUAAAAGAUUACACGUGUUAGGGUGGGCCUCAAAAUCACUGGAUGAUGUGUUUCAUGAAGUUGAUCAGUGUUGCCAAGCCUUAACUGAACGAUUAGCCAACAAGAAUUACUUUUUUGGGGACAAGCCUACUGAGCUGGACGCCCUUGUCUUCGGCCAUCUCUUCACUGUCCUCACCACACCUCUGCCCAACAACCAACUGGCAGCAACAAUAAGAGGCUAUGGCACUCUGGUUGAUUUAUGCAAGAGAAUUGAGCACCAAUAUUUUGAGCUACAAAGCAGCUCAUGACCACCACUGUAAUGCCACUAGAUUUAUAGACAAUAAGUAGAUAGAUCACUUAUGGCUCAUCUCAUCAGGCAAUACUGAUUUUUUAUUAAUGAAGUACCUCAAAGAGGAAAAAGGAUUGAUCUUGCAUGUGUUACCAGUUGUUAAGCUUUCAUGAUUGUUAUGUGAACUAUAAUAAAUUCUAAUUUGAAACUGA